CCCAAGGAUACCCGCACCCACAACAACAGCCACAAUACCAAUAGAAGCGACCAGCAUCGCAGAUCCCGAAGCGCAUCAAGAUGACCACGGACUUCCUCUUCCCCAAAAUAGCGGACUGCUCCUACGUGUCCUGUUACUGCGAGGAGAACGUGUGGAAGCUCUGCGAGCAGGUGAAGCGGACGCGGCCGGAGGAGCUGUCCAAGUGCUACGCCGUCUUCGUCUCCAACGAGGGUCGCACCGUGCCCCUGUGGCGCCAGAAAGCAGGACGCGGCGACGAUCAAGUUGUGAUAUGGGACUACCACGUCUUCUUCAUACACAAUCCCUUGCUGAAUCGCUGUUUGGUGUUCGAUCUGGACACCACACUGCCCUUUCCCACAUAUUUUCACAAGUACGUGACGGAGACGUUCCGCUCCGAUCUGGCCUUGCGUCCGGAGCACCACAGAUUCUUUAGAGUCAUACCCGCAGACACAUAUCUCAUUGAGUUCUCGUCGGAUCGGCGUCACAUGCGUCGACCGGAUGGCAGUUGGAUCAAGCCACCGCCCUCCUAUCCACCUAUACUCUCCAACUCGAAUAUGCACUGUCUAGGAGACUUUAUCUGCAUGAGUGCAGGAAAAGGUCCAGGAGCAGUCUACAGCCUGUCGGAGUUCGUGCAAAACUUCUACAAGUCGCCACAUGUGAUGGCGCAGAACAACAAGUAGAUGGAGGGCCAGAGGAUCCUGGAUAGGAGAUCUAGAGUGCCGGAUCGUGCAUUCGAUGCAUCCAACAGCCCACAGAUGCAGUACGCAUCCAACAACUCAACCACAUCCAAAUGCAAAUACAAAUCCGUAUCGAAAUCGUUUUGUCGUUGUCGUUACCAGACAGUUAAUUACCAAUUGCAUACAUAUACAUACAUACAUAUACACGCGAACAUAUAAAUAUAUUUAUGAUAAUGUAUUUUUGUAUUCAGGUUAACAGAGAUCAAGUGCAGAAGAGGGUUAAAACGCUGGCGCCACGCAGCUCUUGGCGUUCAUAUGCAUUAAACUUCAAUUCUAAAGAAAUUAUAAAUCUAAUUAUACAUUUUUUAUUGUACGUAUUGUAUUGUAUUUUAUAAAGCAACCACCACACAUACAUAUAUGAUAGCCUAGGGCAGAGACGACUUUUUUAUUCGUUAUAUCCUCCGUGUACUUUUUGUAACUCUAAGCCUAAGCGAAAUGGAAAAGCACCAAGGCGGCCGGUGGAAAUCUGAUCGGAUAUGCGCCGUUCCACCAUACAUAUGGAUGUGGAUCUACUACCACUUUGCAUACUACGCUACGCUCUCGUUUAUGUAAUUCCAUUUUUGGCUAGGCUCAAAGCUAACCCACGCCUAACUGUAACUUACACUCUACUCAAAACUCACGUUAGCCUCGUCUCCAAGCGAAAUUGAAUUCGAAUUCGAGGCGGAUAAUUGCAUUAAAGCUUGUUAACUUGUUUUAUCGUACUUACACUAAUUACGUACUCGUACCGCAAUUAUAAUUGUAAUUCGAAUAUUAUCUACUUUGUAUACAACGGAAAGCAAAUCGAUGCUAAUCGAAUCGAAUCGAUGAUAAUACUAAUAAUGUAUUGUAUUGUAUUGUAUGUUUGUAUCUAGCUAGUUUUUGUACGGUUUGUAUGCCCGAGGAUCCCCAGCCGAAUCCACAUUAGAGUACCCACACCCGAUCCGGAAAUACGAACCCCGCUUAGCGUUGAUUUCGAUAUACUUAUCGUAUCGUUUCCCCUUCGAUUAAUGACUUGUGACGCGCAAAGACUGAUUCAUUAUACGCCCUACGGUAGCUGCAGCUCCUCUUCAAAAGCCUCCUCCUGUUUUAUAAAUUCCCAGUCCCUCGAGUGUCCCUGUAGACUUUUUUCGAUUGUUUAUUGUUCGGCUUCCAACCUUUAGACUCGGAUUAGUUAACGAAACUCGCAUUUAUUUAUGAUUCUCUGGCUUACACAUUGAUUUUUGAUUCGUAUAGAGAGGUUUUUACUCGAUUUGUACUUGUAUGUGGUAUACCAUAAAGACAUUUAAAUAUCUAGAUCAUAAACGAGAAUGUAUAAAAAUAAAUGCUGUGCAAAAGUCUCAAAGUUAAACCUAAACUCUUAAUUAUACAACUAUAGCAAACAACCAAAAACUCGAAACGUUUCUCAAUGUUCUUAAAGUAUCUGCGAUUAGAUAGAUACUUAUAUUUAUGAGUUGUAUUUAUCGAUGGCAAUCUUUCGUCCAUCGACAAUUGUUUAUCGCUAAAAGGAACACCAAGCAAGCGAUUGCAUUAUGUGUGUAAAAAUCAAUUAUAAUUAGACACAUAGAUAGAGCAUACUUAUCGUGCAACUAAGCAUAUGCGCCACUCUUUUUCUCUUCCAAUUUUCUACUACCACCCGAUAACAUGGCAUAUUAACAAUAUUGGGCAUCUUGCGCAAAAUACAUAGAUAUUUAACGGGCAGAUAUAUAUAUAGCUAUAAGCUAAUCAUUAAGUUUUGGCGCCAGCGUGAAAACUGAGCGUCUUUUUACUCUUUUUUACAUAAGUAUUUAUAUUUAACUGAACAAAAUCACAACUGAGCAUAAACGCAAACAAUGGUAACCCGCAGCCGCCUUUAAUUCAGAUGCAUCUGAAAGCAAAGGGGAGUCAACCUCCGAUAGCAGGCCAGAUCAGGACAGAGUACCACUUCAUCUUCCUCCUCCAUCCGGAAUCCGCUUUCAAACCCGUUAGCUGCAAGUGGUUUCAAAUCCAUAGGUUGUUCUUCGUAAACCCUCCAAAAUGCCUCCCGCACACAUUAGUUGAGAACUAAGAUUACGACAGAUUCCUUGCUUUAUUGGCCUAAGCCUUUGUUAAUCUAUUUAACUAUCGAUUAUCUAACGUACCAACUAUCGAUCGAACUUUUGAUUGUUAUUGUAAAAUAUUUUUGCAAUUCCCUAGUAUUUAUACGUGAAUACAUAAAGCAAGCUAGCAAAACCAAUGUCAAACCAAGUGUAAUAACAACAUUCAAUUUAUGGAUCAAUGAAUUAUGAUUGUUCUCUCAAUUCUGCAAAUGUGAAGCGCUAAUGGAAAAUCAAUAUGAAUACCACAUAAAUUAAAAAUACCGAUCAAUAAAAUAUUCUUGAAAUUGCAUUUUAAA